AUUCAUAGAUAAUGCAGUGAUCGUAAAAAGUUAACUUUUAUUAUUAAAAAUUUUUUUGCAUCUUUUGAAACUAAGUUGAUUUUUAAGUUUAAAAAUAAUUCCUUUUUUUUUCAGCUUAACAUUUUUUUUUUGGAAUCUUCAGAAUGGAAAUUGCUUUGUAAAAGAUCAAACCUUUAUAGACAUUGUCAAAAGUUUUGAAGGUUGAGAAACCCAUAUUUUUCAUGUUUUUGUGCAAAGUUAGCUAAAAUUCUGACCAGAAUAGCCUUUUAUUACAGCAGUCAUUUGAGCUGCACCAUGAGAAAACCAACAUAGUGCAUUUGCGACCUGAGUAUCAUGAACCAGACCAGCCUGCGCAUCUACAUAGUGUGGUCAGGAUCCAUGCUGUCGCUAACUAUUUCUCUUAUUGCAAUAGGCUAAAUCCUGACCAGACUGCACGAAUCCUGAUAAAGCUUUUACUUUUGUAUAAUGCGUUUCUUUGAUAAAGAUAAUUUUUAUGCCCCUGAAGGGAGGCAUAUAAGUUUUCAACUGUCUGUACGUUAGUUCGUUUGUUCGUUCGAUCGUCACAACGUUAACCUUUUGCAUGAAGGCACUUAACUCGUGAACCACAGUACCCAGGACCUUCAAACUUCACAUGCUGAUAGUACUUAUCGAGUACACGACCCCUACUGACUCAGGGUUUACCAGGUCAAAGGUCAGGGUCACCAGGUUAAAGGUCAAGGUCACCAGGUCAAAGGUCAAGGCAGUGUGGGGGCAUUUGUCACCAUUAGUGACAGCUCUUGUUGUUUUAAAAUUUGGCAUUUUUCACUAAGAAAAUGCUGCCACAUUUUUCGUUAUGAAUAUAGAAUGUCAGUUUCUUGUUAAAUCCCAUUUUGGAUAAUUGUGUUCUCAUGUAUUAACCAGAGGUUUUAUCAUUGGAUGUAAUAUAUAAAUCAACUUGAGCUGCCUCUGGAACUUUUGGCACCAGCAGUAUCGUUAUUAAUAAAUUAUGUACCUCUUCCAAAGUUGCACGUCUGAAACCUGAUUGAACGUUUUAAGGCCAUCAUAGCCCUCUUGUUGUUUUACAUUUAAUAUUGAUGUGCAAUGCAAUAAGUGCAUUUUUGAACUUUCUGCUGAAAGGUGACAGCAAGUGGCAGAACAAGGGAGGUAAUUAAUUAGACAAUAAAUGCAAUAGCUUUGUCAUCUCAUAAUCAGAUUUGAUGAAAUAAUCUGCAAAAUUCUUCUGGUGAUUCAUAGAUAAUCACCUCUAUCAAAAGCAUUGAAAUUGUUUCAAAAAAAUAAAACUUCUGUUUAUAUCGCUAAUAAAGUAACUACCUGUACUUAGUAUAGAUGUACUCUAGAAAGUCUUGCUUUCCUAGGGUACAGCUUGAACCGAUAAGGAAGUAGCUAUAAUGUGGUACAGUUUUUUGUUGUCAAAAGGAUGUUUCCUAAUCAAAUAUUUGCGUUCAUGACGUCAGAGCAUGAUUUAUUUAAAUAGUCCAGUUAAAAUGUAUUAAUGCACUUUAUUUGUUUGAUCUAUUAAAGAGAGAUAUCCUUGUUGUUUAAUGAGUCAUUUGUCAGGGGUGGCACUUGUACAGUUACUUGUGGAUGGAUUUGUUGCCAUUUAUAGAACUUCUACAGUGUUGUCGACCUCUGCAAAUUGAAGACAAGAUGGCCUCAGACAGAACAGAGUGUGUGAAAUACAACAAGUAUUACUAUGAGGUGAGCAAGGCAAGCAACGAAUGCUAACAUGCGUCGCUUAGAUGAUGACCAAUUUAACAAUGAAGGCAUAACAGCUGAGAAUAUAGGUGGGCACACUAUCAACCCACAGCAAAGCAUGAUGGGUGGUCAGGGACAGGAAGGUCACAUGACCGGUCCCAGUAUGGAGGCUGCGUCAGCGUCGAUAUCAAUAAACGUGUCAUUAUCAAUGUCGCAGGAGAAUUUAAGUGCGCAUCAGGCACAGACGGAAACGGCAGAGUCAGUGAUUCGGACUAGACAGAACUUAGGUAAUAUGCUAACUGUUGGAACAAAAUUUGUUCCGCAAGCAAAGAGUUUCGAUAGUGCCUUAUCUAGUGAUGGGCAACGACAAGGACAAUCGCAAGAAAAUGCGAGACAAUAUUUCGCCAAUACUGCACAUAGUUUUGAGAGUACACUCCCACGUUAUCAGAGUUUCGAUCAGAGUCUUGAUACUCAAAGUGAAAGUGUUUUCUUAGAACCAAUGGUGCCGGAAAAAUCGGGAUUAAGUGCAAAUAAAUCAAAAUAUAAAUCUGAGUCAGGUAAUGUGUUAGAAAUACCAAUUGGUUUAGACAGACGCAGACAUAGUUUCAGUGGAAAGGAGGAAAGGCUGGAAGCAAGUGUGUUUACAAUGAGACACUCAAGUUCAGGAGAAGAACCAAGGCGUGUUUUGAGAAAACAAAUUGCAAUAGAUGUUGAAGAGCCGACAAAAUUGGAUUCUGGGAAAUUUUCUCCACGUGCAUCCUUAACAGCUGAGGAAGAAAAACGUGUUCUAUCACAUUAUAAUAUUGAUACAUAUUCAUCAUCUCGUCAGAUAUCCCAACAUCAGCAUGUUACUGUCAUAAGAACGCCCCCUGGUGGGGUAGUUAGGGGAAAUCAUUCAACAUCAGUUUGGGAUAGAGAACAAGAAAUCACAUCUCAUGAAAGUGAAAUUAAUCCGGACUAUAGUGACAUACAGACUAAACCAAAAAUCAACAUCAUAUCAAAUGAGUCUACAAUCUCAUCUAAAUACAAACGAUCUCACUACUUAGAACCUAGAGACACUUUACGCGUGCAACGGGGAUUUUCCAGUGGAUCAGAGGACUCGCCAGGAACAAGUAGUAGUCGGGAGCCAUCCCCAUUCAGAAAGGAAACAGUUCGAGCUGUUUCACCUUAUAGUAAGGAGAGGUACAAGUUGUCUGCACCAACCCCAGUUAUAAAAACCCAAGUGAAAAAGGAGGCAUUUGAAAUUGGUUAUGAAUUGGCCAAACAAAGUUCGUCAGGGUCUUCUGAUGCUGGUUCAAGUUCCGGUCCUACAUUCCCAGAGUAUUGUGCUAACAUUGUAAUUACUAGUGAAACUGGUGAAAGCGUCAAAUGCAAAACAGAAGAUGUUGAGAUUCCAGAAGGAAUGCAUCGCCGACACUUGCAUCCUGGAAAUUUCAAAAAGCAUUUACAUGCUCGUUAUUUAAAGAGUUUACGAUCACGUUACUCAUCUUCAUCCACUGACACUUCUCAAGAAUAUUUAUCUCAAGACAGAUCUGAUUCAUUCAAUCGUUCUUCGAGCGAAGUAUUUGACAGCACGGAGAAUGACAGUUUUAACAAAGACGCACAUUUAAGACCAGUUUAUAUAAUUCGUAAUGGAAGUUCUGAUAAAAGUGACGAUAGUGAUGUGCAAAUGGGUUCUGUUAUAAAAUCACCUCAGCGUGCUCUGUUACAUUCGCCAAGCUCGGAACAACAACCGUUAGAUCUCUCACAAAGUCUGCCCGAAUCAUAUACCCAGGAUAUAGGAGAACCACCAGGGCCUGGGCCUGGUCCUGGCUCAACCAUGGGUCAUUCACUGUCUGUAGAGACCCUUAGACCUCAUGGGUCAGUUGGUUUGAGCCCACAUGGUUUAGCAGCACGAUCUCCAUUAGGUCAUCAUGCACAUAGUGACCCAGAUUUGCUCAGCCCAUCUAUGAUUCAUGCAAGUUCUCCUUCUGUGUUCCAACGGUCGCCACAUCUCCAGCAACAAUUAGUCCAGUCGCCACAGUCACCAUUGUGUUCGGUUCCAGAAGGCGAUCGUAUAUUCCAUUUCAACUUUCCUAGUCCGUUUGAAGGGGCACAUAUUCAUUCAGAUCCUGAAAAUUUUGGAACGCCUAGUCCAAUGUCACCUGGUUUACAUUUUACAUUUCCUCCACGAGCUGCAUUGCAUAGUGCCAACUCUGAAGUGAACCGUUUGGCAGUUUCUCCAAGAGCAUAUUAUCCAAAUCCGACACUACCAGUUCAUACAACGCCUCAUCGAGUACAUUCAAUAUCAUAUGGAGAAGGCCAUAUAAAGGAAGCACGAAGGACGUUUUCAGAUUCUGAUGCAUAUUUGUGCCCAGUUUGUGGCCAAGUGUUUCCAUCGUAUGACAAUCUUGCAAAGCACAUGGCAAAACAUUUACCUACAGAAACUGUUAGAACUGGAGAUAACAACAAGAUUCAUUAUUGUAAAGUUUGUAACAGAUCUUUCUCUCGAAGUGACAUGCUGACCAGACAUAUGCGAUUACAUACAGGUUUGAAGCCAUACGAGUGUACAGACUGCGGGCAGGUGUUCAGUCGGAGCGAUCAUCUUAAUACACAUAAACGUACGCAUACAGGAGAGAAACCAUAUCGUUGCCCGCAAUGCCCGUAUGCAGCAUGCAGACGUGAUAUGAUUACACGUCACAUGCGUACACAUACCAAAAGAUCGGCUAAACGUGGAAAGUAUCUUAGUGUUCCUGAACGAGAAAGUCAUGAAGUUCGUAAAAGUAGCGUUAGUAGUACUGAUACCACUUCCAGUCAAGAAAUGACAAGAACAUUUUCUGCGUCAUCUGGUGAUAGUUUAGACUUAGAUGUAGGGUUAGGAUCAUCAACGUCAAAACUACGAACUAAGUCUCUGGCAAGUAUGGAUAGUACUGAAAUGGAAUUAACACACACAAAAUCUCAGCUCUGGUCAACAGCAAGUACAGAAAGUGGUGUUUUUGAAGAGCAAAGUCAAAGUCAUUCAAAAGGUCAAAUGUUGACACAGUCAAGAUCUUUUGAAAUAGGCCAGGUCAAGAAUCAAAUGACUUCACAAUCAAGAUCUUUUGAAAGUAGAUUUGAGGGAAAGAAAUUUCUCUCAGCUCAACAUUUCCGACAAAUGAGAAACAUUUCUUCAACAAGUUUCGAAAGUUUUGAGUCACACGAUGAUAUUCUGUCAAGGACAGACUCUAUAGCGGAAGAUACGAUAUCAGAACAUGGUGAGUCACUGGGCGAUGGCACAUCAACAUUACCAAUAGAACCGGAAUCAUUAGAGAAAUGUUCACUAGCCGAGAAGACUGGCGAUAGCUGAUUGCAACAGAUUUAGCUUGCUUUUUAAGGUUUUUUCUUCUAGAGCAUUUUAAUUUUAUAUCUGAGCCAGGUAUUGAAGAUGAGCAAUUUGUAUAGGUGGAUAAUCCACCCCCCCCCCCCCCACCAGUUCUGCAUUAACUUUUUAGCUUAAACGUUUUCUUCGCUGAAACUACCUGUCAGAAUUAUACCGAACUUGAUCAGAAUCAUCCUUGCAUUGAUGUCCCUGAACUUUUCCAAUUUUUUUCUGCUUAAAUGCAUUCAGAAUCUUUCGGAGCUAGCUAUUGAAAAAAUCCUUUUAAACAAUUUAUGGCUUUUCACUAAGCUUGGUCUGUAACGUCCUAACACAGAUCUUUCAAGUUUGUUUAAUGAAUUAGCUGGGACCAGGUUUAUGUCCUACAUCAAGGCCAAGGUCACAAAACUAAAUUCUUCAUUUUUAAUGUCUAGGUUAGGUCAGUUGUUUUGAGAUUAAUGUUUUUUAUACUCGACACAAUUGUAAUUUAUCAAGGUCAAUGUCAGGUGAGUGCCUUUUAGUUUCACACAUGAAACACCAAUACACUAAACUGUCUGUCAAAAUUUAAUAUAGGGAAUGGAACUAAAAACAUUUUAAGACAAGAUGAUAUAAGAAGCUAACCUUCCAUUUCUCAAAUCAAACUGCACAUUUGUUAUGCUAUAAAUAUCUAAAAGUUGGCAUCAAAAUUUAAUUUUCCAUAAUACAAAAAGAACAAACAAUUAGUAAACCAGCAAACGACGUCUACUUCGUUAUAAACUUGUUGAUUUUUGUAAAAAGAAACUGCUACUUGGGUAAAACCUCUUGCAAAAGUCAUCUCAGUUUUUGCGAAGACUAUGUGAAUCCCAAUAUUUAUGUUUUACAUAUUUUGUAAAUUUUAUGUUCUGUUGAACUAUAAAAGAUGAUUUACUUAAUGACAGUUUUUAUAUAGUUCAGUUUUAACAAUGCACUUUUUUUUGUGAGGAUUUGGUAUUAAAAUCAAAGUGACAAAAUACAAAUGAGUGGGAGGCCGACAUAUGCAAAGCUUUUAUGUUGGCCUUGCCUUACCAGAUGUGUUGUAACUUACUUGGACACUGUUCAAGUGUUAUGUAAUCUAUAAUGUGUUCAACAUUUAAAAUGUGGAUCAUCUUCUAAUGACCAUUUUAUUUGGGAUAAAUAUUACUAUUAAGGUAGCAGAUCCAAAAUAACAAUCAGCAGUGUCAGCACGAUAUUGUUUUCUCGCAUAUUUCAGCCUCUUUCAGCCAUAACAGAAAAUUUCCUUUUUUAUAACAACAAAAGAAUGCUGAAAUCCUGCGUAAUGAAACAGAAAAUCCUUAAGACAGACUUCUGUCAGGGGAGACUAUCCAGUACAACUUGUUUUUCAUUAAAAGAAGCAAUUUUAAUGUUUAAUCUAAAUAAAGCGAGUUAAAAAAUUAUAUAAAUCUGAAAAAUUAUGUCUUUUACAAAUACAAUAAAAUCCAGAAUUAAAACUAUGAACUACAGCAUGAAUAUUCAGUAGCAAACAAUAGUCAAAACAAUUUUUAUUUUAACUUAGACAGCUGUUAAAAAAGCAAACUAGUCCAUAUUGAUUAUAUAAGUUUUAUCUUCAAAGAUAGUGAUGUAAAAACUUUGGUCUUAAAGCCCUGCUCCGCAGCUAUUCAAAUUCUAUUGUGUGUAUGCAACCCAUGAUUACAAUAGGUAACAAUUAACGGCCACGCGCCACACUAUAGCAGGCAAAGCCACAGUUUAUUUUAUAUAGAAUUUUAUAUAAAAUAGAUUCUAUUUUGACAGGCGUCACUGAUCAUUGUCAGGAUUUUCAUGCUUUUUCAGUGACAAUUUAAAGUUGAAAGGUAGGACUGGAGCAGGUAUUUAAGGCAGAAAAUGGCACAGUAUGGCUCAAACACUCAAGAGUGUGAUUGCUAAAGCCUUGGCAAACAUAGUUUGCUGGUAGAAACAGAUACAAUAACAUCCAGAAUUGAAACUAUGAACUACAGCAUGAAUAUUCAGUAGCAAACAGUCAAAACAAUUUUCAUUCUAACAUAGACAGUUACUAAACAAAAGAUGUUGUAUAACCUGAAACUAGUCCAUUUUUAUGACAUAACUCUGUUUUUAUCUUCAAAAAUAAUGAUUUAAAUACUUUGAAGUGAAGGCUGAAAAUGGCACAAUAUGGCUCAGAUUGCUAUUGCCUUGACAAACAUAGUACAGACAGGUUUAUUUGUUUUUAUUGUUCCAAGUGAAACAUUUCAAAUGUUAAUAAAAAAAUUAACUAGGUAGUAUUAUAUAUGUGCAGGUAGUAAAUUAUAUAACUGAUAUGUAAGAAUUAUGGAACUUGUUAAAGAAAUAUGAUUAAUUUUGUUGGAAAUGGUACGUUUUUAGGGUUUCAUGCAAUGUGAAUAGAAUUAUUAGCUAAGGAAGCUGUCAUCAGGCUUUGCAUGUUACUUAUGAUUGUAACAUCAUAUUUUUUACAUCUGAUCAUUUUAAAGAUGACUUUUGUCUUUCAGAAUGUAUUUUAUUUAUUUACACAGUAGAUUUAUUUAGCUUUUGUUUGUAGUGACAUACUUGUUUUGGCCAGAUUUUACUUAAAAGCAUUUAGUAAAACAUUACUAUUAUAUCCUUGCUAAUUUGUUUCAUAUUUUUAAUGGAAGACUCAUUUCCAUCCCUCAUUUUGGUUUCAUUGUUUGAAAUAUUUGAAAAUCAUUUCUGUUUUCAUUAUUUGUCGGAAAUGAAGUAAGUAUUUAUGUUAUUUUUUUAUUUGUUUUAAUUUUUCCAAGGGAGAUCAUUGUUGUAUUACUAUUGCAGCUGAUUAAGUUAAGUAUUAUCUACCUUUUGAUUUUCGUUGAUAGCAGAAGUUGAUAUUACUUGUAUUUUUGUUUUGCAUGAAACAGGGUCAUCUCAAAGUAGUCAGCACUUUUUUCUUAUGGAUCAGUUUUCCUUUUUGAAUGCUAUGUAAACUAAAUCGUGGAUGCCUAUUAUUGUCAACUGUUUUAUUACAAAACUGGCAUUCAUUUACUUUGCAGUACAAUGUUAAGAUAGUGCAGAUUGCCAUAAUUUUUAUUAUGUUUGACUAAUGCAAUUGGUCGCAUUUUCUCUUGAAAGUUCUGUAGGCAGCCCUAAUCCAUAUAAUGUAAUGGACCUUUAGUGAAAAUUGGCACAUUAUGUAUUCUCUAUAUGUAAUUUUGGCAUUUUCUGGAUUUUAUAGUAUAAUGCAGGCAUUGAGCUUCGUCUCCGUUCAAAGAAUUCUGAAUUGCCCAUCAAGAAUACGUUAUUACUGUCAUUACAGGACGAGUUCCUUUAUGUAGAACAUAUUUCUCUUUUUUUUUCGUUUAAAGAAAAUUGGUCAUUUUGAAUGGCCAUUUCACACUUCCCCAUGAACAAGUCUUUAACAGAAUUUGAACCAGAUAAAUAGUAGAUCAGUACAUCAAUUUUUCAUUCCUUGUGGGCGUCUUCUGUUAAUUUUUGUUUGUUGGGGAUGUAUGGGGGUAAUGUAGGGGAAAUUAUACCUACUUUGUUAAGGGAAACAAAUUGUAGCUUUGAUUAGACUUGUGUCUGAGGACAAUCACUGAAAAGUAUGAGUAAACGGUUUUAAUAUUUUUUGUCUUUUUUUCACAUAAAGCAUAUUUUGUUGGUUUGUGGCAUUAUUCACAGUUUUUAUACAAAAUGACUUUCAUGUUUGUAAUGAUGAGAAUACUUUUGUAUUGACAUUUGAGCCGCACCAUGAGAAAACCAACAUAGUGGGUGUGCAACCAGCAUGGAUCCAGACCAGCCUGCGCAUCCGCGCAGUCUGGUCAGGCUCCAUGCUGUUCGCUUUUAAAGCCUAUUAGAAUUGGAGAAAUUGUUAGCGAACAGCAUGGAGCCUGACCAGACUGUGCGGAUGCGCAGGCUGGUCUGGAUCCAUGCUGGUCGCAAAGCCACUAUGUUGGUUUUGUCAUGGCACGGCUCAUUUAUAGAUUUAGAAUAAAGUAGUCAGAAAUACACAAUGUCAGACAUGUUAGGCAAGAAAAUUUGAACCUUUAACAAACAAGAACUUUUAUCACUUAGUCUAAAUUGUUGGAAGGAGUUCGGACAAUUGUGCAUCUUGGACAUAAAAAAAAUCGUGUAGCAGUCGGAAGUAUGAAAAUCAAAAUGAGGCUGUUAUUGAAAUAUUAUAUCUACCUGGAUGCAAAUGGAAAGAUGGUUGCCAAGAUAGGUGGUUGCUGAGAUUGAUAGAUGCUGUGAAAGAUGGUUAUUUUCGGGGACCAUUAUACUUAGCUCAUUGUCAUUAAAAUUAGGGUUCUGUAACUCGGACUUUUACUUUAAUGCUAUAUUUUCCGAUAGUUAAAGAAAUGUGACGCCAGAUUAAUGCCACAAGAUUUAUUUUUUAAUCAGACUGUAACUUCUAUGUAAUUUCAAAACAGUCAUAAAUCAGCAUUACUUAGUUUGAUAUUUUAUGACUUUGGUAGACACAUCACCAAAAUUUCUUGUUUUAUAGUUCUAUUUAAAUUGUUAUUGCUUGUCUAACAAUUUUGAAAGCUUUCAUAUGUAUGAUGAAAAUAUUUUUUAAAAUCAACAUGUUGGUGUGAAACAUUUUGAAUUACAAGUAAGUCGAACAUUUUAUGGGCCUGAAUUUUACAAAAAAGAUAUUUUCAAGUUUGUUUGGUAGCUGCUGCAAUAGCCCACCUAAAUAUACUGACAAAUAAUUUAUAUUUAGUAAGUGAAGAUCAAGAAAGAAGAAAUGUGAAAAAACUUAGCUUAAUAGGGAGAACUUAGGUCUAUGGAUUGGGAGGUCAAGAAUAUCGUCACCUUAGCGCAAAAAGUAAAUAAGUCCUUCUUUAAAUGUGGUUAUCCACUUCUAGCGUUGAGGUGAUGGUAUAAUCAGUGGGCAGGGCAAAUGUUCUGUGUAAUGAUUUGAUAAAAGAUAUUGUGUCUGAAAUCAUUCGACCUCCACCUCUGAUAAUUCGUGUGGGGAAGUUGGCAGGUAUUUGCGGAGAACAGGUUUGUACCUGUACAGAAUUCAGGAACACUGGUUAGGUUAACUGCCCACCGUUACAUGACUGAAAUUCUGUUGAAAAACGGCGUUAAACCCAAAACAUACAUACAAACAAACAAACCUCUGAUUCAUGUAGAGAAGAUGGAAGUUACUUGCAGAGAAGAGAUUAGACUCUGCAUACACAUCGAUUUCAAAACUUAGGAGUAGUACAAACUUGCAAUCAUAUAAUGUAAAAAAUUCAUAUAAAAUGUCGCAAAUUCUUAAAGGAAUUUUUGUAAACUUGCUAAAUGUAAACAGUAAUUUGAAGACUUUGAAAUCAUUUACAGUUUUCUGAAGUGAGAAGACUAUUUAACAGAAGUAUACAAUUUUUUAUGUGGCAUGUUCAUCUUCUGGUACCUUUUCUUUUGAACAUCACGUUUUUAUCUUCACGUAAUAAUUGUCUUUUACUAUCAGUUACUUAGACAGAGUUACCAUUAAUAAUUUUCUUUUUCAUUAUGUCAGUGUUAAAAAAGGCAUAUUGAAUUUUGAGUUUGUGAUGGAAAAGAGUCUUUUUUUAACACAAUCAAGUCUUUGAAACUUAGAUUUAAAUGGAAAAAAAAGAGUAUUUUGAAUGUUAGACUUCUUGCUGCAAAAAGGCAUUUGAAACAUAUACUUUGUAAUUAAAAGUUGAAAAAACGUCA